AAAGGAUUUCUAGAAUGUUGACGAAGGCGCUUAGGAUUUUGAAACCCAGGUCUAUCCUCGGACCGGUUUAUUCCUCUUCUCUGUCGCCGAGGUUGACUCCCGGAGCUGUUUCUCGUACGACGGCUGGCGCGGCGGAAAUCGACGCCGAUGAUGCUGUCGCGUACUCGGACCCGACGGAAUCGCCGACUGCGAUGCCGAUUACGAUGCAAGCUCACCUUCAGCCACGUGUCGUCGUGUACGACGGAGUCUGUCAUCUUUGCCACGGAGGUGUGAAGUGGAUCAUCAAAGCGGAUAAGUAUAGAAAGAUAAAGUUCUGUUGCCUUCAGUCUAAAGCCGCUGAGCCGUAUCUAACAGUGAGUGGAGUCACCAAGGAAGAUGUUCAGAAGCGUUUUCUCUUUAUUGAAGGUCUCGGUUCAUACCAUCAGGCCUCAACCGCUGCACUUCGGGUGGUAUCAUACCUGCCUCUGCCUUAUUCAGCAUUGAAGGCUUUCGCCAUAGUUCCCACUCCUCUGAGAGACUCGGUGUAUGACUACGUGGCCAACAACCGUUAUAACUGGUUUGGAAAAGCUGAGGAUUGCUUGGUUCUGAAGGAGAAAGAGCUGCUGGAGCGGUUUAUAGACCGAGACGAACUCAUUGAUCGAUGCUAAUGACACACCAUUCGACAGAUAUAUUGUCCGCGUAUAUAAAUAAAAGGGAACAUGAUUAGAGUUAACUUUCCAAGAACAGUGAUCACCAACACAAAAGAGUCUUUUUGAAAGCUAAUCCUCAUAUAAUAUUUGUUGCUAUUUCUUCUAAAUUACGUUGAGCAAAUUCCAGUAUCGGAAUCCUUUUAAGUGGUUGGCAGUACCAAGAUGUCAAAUUGAUAAUUGUUGAACCGCCAGUCUACAAAAUAAAAAGAAUCAACGUUGAGAUUUUA